UGGCAGUAAAAACGCACAUCGAGCGGGAUUUAUCCUUUACAAAUGCGGGAUCUCAGUACCAUGUGUCACCAUGCAGUGGAAGCUCCAGGACAGACAAUUUGAGUCCACUGUCCUGGCAUGGGGGACAUGAAGACCCCCGAUUUCGAUGACUUGUUGGCAGCAUUUGAUAUUCCUGAUAUCGAUGCCAAAGAGGCCAUCCAGUCAGCACCAGAAGAGGUGGAGGGGCACCAGGGAUCAAGCAGUGGGUCCAUCGCGAAAUCAGGCGAGAGCGGAGUCGCCGGAGGAUCCGCGCUCAGAGCUCCGAGCCCGGCCGCUGACUCCCAGAGCGACCCCUCUAUCGUUAGUGUUAUUGUAAAGAAUCGGGUGCGUAGUGAAGCCUUUGAAGGUGGUGAUGUACCGGUGUCGGAACCACUCAACCAUAAUGGAUUUGUGUCCUCAGGUGGGGCGGGUCACAUGUCUCAGUCUCGAAACCAGCCGAACGGGGAGCAGUGGCCUCUGUGUGGCUCCAAAGUGACGCCGGAGACCACAGGGUCAGUGCUUGGAUGUGCUAACACCUCCAAACAGAGUAGCAACAUCUUCAACAAGCUGAAGCCUCUCAUGGCGCAGGGGACUGGGGACCCUGUGGUUAGGGCCCGAAGGAUGCAGAUGCUGCAGCAACAGCAGCACGCACAGCAGGAAAUAGGAUUAGAGGGCGGUGACAAGACGAAGAGCGCUGCUGUUCCUGGGAGCACGAGUGCAGUGGCUUCUCCCUUUUUCCCCCCUCCUAAACCGUACCUCCAGAAUUCCUCGGCUGUUCCUUCCUCAUCACCCUCGUCAGCCUCUCCUUCGGUUGGGUCGCGUGUCUCGGGGGCCGUCGCCUCGUCGCCGCUCGCUACAAGUUUGACAGAACCGUUUAAUGGCACUCAGCGCCACAGUUCAGCUGAAUUUAGGCGUAUGGACUCGGAGGAGGAGGAUUCAGAUUCGGAGUCUGCGGAAACGCUGGUCAUUCAAGAAAGUCCGGGCACUCCUGCUUCUCCAAAACGUUCACGCAACAGGCUCAAGUCACCCGCAGAGAGUUCAGACUCCCCUUCGCUUCCGCGCUCAGCACCCAUGGCUUCAGCUGCUUACCCCAAACCAGGCGACAUCCCCUUGUCCUCACCCGCAUCCCCUCAGGUGCAGAAUUGGCUUUCUUCAUCUGUUCAGUCAGGGAAUGUUAAGAGCCCGCCCCCAGAGGAGCGAAAUCCAGAGCACGUCAUUGAGGAGCGUGACUCACCUGAAAGUCCAGAGCCUGAGAUCCCUAAAGUUUCAGUAACACCUUCCAAGAAGUCUUCCAGCCCAGCAGUGAUCGCUUCGUCCCCGCCUACAGGCCUCCGAGAACCCAAAGAGGAAGAGGAGGAGAUGGAGGUGGCCAAACCAGUAAAGGAGGAGAAUGGUGAUGCAACUAAUUUAGAUCAGGACAGUGGACAAAAAGAGGACGAGAAAAUGGAGGUAGAGGAUGAGAGUGUUUCCACCCAGUGCCUCACCGUGCCUAAUAGCAGCGGAGGCUCUGCAGUCGUUGGGAACGUUUCCUCCAGGCCUCUUAAAGUCAGAAUAAAGACAAUUAAAACCUCCACAGGGAGCAUCACUCGCACAGUCACCCAUGUGGCUGGGAAAGGAGCUGCAGGUAAAGGCACAGUUAACGCAAAAGUGCAACCAGAAGGUCAGACUAACAAAGCCCAAAGAGCAGAGCCCGCUGGUCGAAUGGUGAAAGGUUCCAGCCUGCCUCCGUCCACUUUGGAAGCGAGCAGUGCCAUGUUAGUUGCAGCAAGCAAAGCUCAAAACAAAAGCUCGGUGUCAUCUGACAAGACCAAGGUCUCCGCCACAGCCGUCAGCAUCACAAAAGCUGCCAAUCUACCAGCCACACCUACCGUUGGUGGUGUCAGUGUGCGUGCCACUUCUGGAAGAGCAGCUAAUGGAGGUACACCUAAUGUUCACGUACCUUGCAAGCCAGCCUCUAUAGUGAACAGCACGGGAGCUGUGAUUUCCCGGAGUCAGUCAAGCCUAGUCGAAGCCUUCAACAAGAUCCUGAACAGCAAGAACCUGCUACCAAGCUACCGCCCCGAUCUCUCUACCCCUCCACCACCCGAGUGGGGUCUCCCCAUGCCUGCGACAGGAUACCGCUGCCUAGAGUGCGGGGACGCUUUUGCUCUGGAGCGCAGCCUGGCACGGCACUACGACAGGCGCUCUUUGAGAAUCGAGGUGACCUGCAACCACUGUGCAAAGCGGCUGGCUUUUUUUAAUAAGUGCAGUCUGCUGCUGCACGCUCGGGAGCAUAAGGAGAGGGGACUGGUUAUGCAGUGCUCGCAUCUGGUCAUGAGACCCGUUACUGUCGAGCAAAUGAUUGGCCAGCAGGACACGACGCCCAUAGGUAUGCUCUCGCCUCCACUUUCCUCUCCGUCUAUAUCGACUCCCUCGAACCAGUCGGGAGCGACCCCGAUCCCUUCCACCCCGAGCCCACUGAAAGAGUCGCCUUCACAAGGCCCGGUUGCUUCCCAAACCAGUCCGGCUCGCCGCGGACCUCAGAGUCCUCACGUCCUCAUGCCGCUUCCCUGCAAGAAGGGAGAGGUUCUUCAGUACAACAACUUUAAAUGCCCUGAGUGCCAGACUCAGUUUACAGGCAAGGCAGAACUAGUGGCCCACUUUCAGCAAAUCAGAGCCACCCCUAAUUCAACCUGCAUGCUUUGCUCUCCGCCAAUGAUGCUGCCUAACGGGUGCAGCGUGUCGGCUCACCAGCGGAUCCACAAGCACCGCGCUCCCCACGUGUGUCCGGAAUGUGGUGGCGUCGCCCGUCAGGCCAGUUUUAAGACACAUCUAGAGGAGGCUUGUCUUCACUUCGCCAGGCGCAUCGGCUACAGAUGCUCCAGCUGUCAGGUGGUGUUCGGAGGCCUGAACUCCAUCAAAUCUCACAUUCAGACUGCUCACUGCGAAGUGUUCCACAAGUGUCCACACUGCCCAAUGGCCUUCAAAUCAGCCCCCAGCGCCCAGGGUCACAUCAGCACCCAGCACCCCACCCUCAGUGCUGCUCAAGCCAAGAUGAUUUACAAGUGUGUGAUGUGCGACACAGUCUUUACCCAGAAACCUUUGCUGUACAUGCAUUUUGACACUCACCUGGCCAAGCAGAAAGUGCAUGUUUUUAAGUGUCCAGACUGCACCAAGUUGUACGCUCAGAAGGGGUCUAUGAUGGAACACAUCAAGACUGCUCACAGAGGCCUGUCGGGAAAAACAGAGGCUCCGCCCAGUGCCUCGUCUCCCGUCUCAGCCUCGAGUGCAAACACGGCAUCGAGGAAGUCAGGACAAGGUGACGGGGAUGAAGAAGAGAAGGAAGAGGAAGGAGAGGAAAGAGAAAAUGAAGAAGAAGAGGAAGAAGAGAAUGAUGAAGAGGACCACCCAAGUUCUCCGGACAGUGGGAGCAGCAUGGAGUGGAGAUGCAGGGAGUGCAAGACGCGGUACACUGAGAGAGACGAUUACAUCGAGCACAUGAAGAACGAGCAUGGCACGUCCAUAAAGAAUUUUCCCUGUCGGCUGUGUGAGCGCUCCUUCAGCUCGGCCAACAGCCUACGUCGUCAUGUCCGUGUCAUUCACGAGGGGGUCAAGAGAGUCUUCCAAUGCCAGUACUGUUCAGAGGGCAAACGAACCUUCAGUAGUCGCCUGAUCCUGGAGAAGCACAUCCGAGUCAGACACGGCAUCCGAGCUAGACAGACGAGUGAGAAGCGGAACGCGGCUAACACCAGAAAACGCUCAGCGCCAGGCGACGGAGCAGGAAGCUCCUCUGAGGUCGACUACGAGGGCGGAGCUUCCUCUGUCGGGGGAGGGGCUGAAGUGCCAGACACCGGAGGGGACGAGACGGCGGGCCCGGCUAAACGGACGCGUUCGUGUAAGAAGGAAGACGAAGCGGAGGAGGAGGAGGGAGGGUUCCGCUGCGCGCCGUGCGGCUUCAGCACGCAGGACCGGGGCGAGUUCCAGCAGCACAUCCUGAAGCACCGCGACAGCGAGUCCGCAUCCAUGCAGUGCGCGCAGUGCGGAGCCUGCUUCGCCUCGGCCGCCUCGCUCAGCCGUCACCGCUUCAUCACACACAAACUUCGGCAGGAUCAACAGGACAGCCACAACACGUCACACACGCCCAAACCCGAAGAGGAGGACAAGGGCGAAGACGAGGGCGAGGGGAGCAUGAGCUGCCGAGUGUGCGGCCGGCGCUUCGACAAGGCCUCGGACCUGAACACGCACUUCCGCACACACGGCAUGGCCUUCAUCAGCGCUCACAAGACGGAUAAGGUCGUGUAAGGGCGAGAAAAGGCAGCGAGCCACGCUCAGCUUCACCGCAGCCACGCGUCCUCUUUUACUGUUUAACACUUAAACCAAGAAAAGAUCAACACACUAAUACAAUAAAGUCUUUGUCAUUUGCAUUAACAACAAGUCAGUUUAAUACGAGUCUGUAUUCUUCAAAAAUAUCAGUCCAACAAUCUCAACCACACAGAUUCUUCAUUCUAACACACUUUCUCUUUUAAUACUGAUUAUGAACUCGCAUUUAACAGAGUACAUUUCCCCCUGGGUCUCUCUCUUACACACACACACACACACACACAACACUUUGAGAUCACUUGUUACAAAGGAAUCCGAAUGCGAGUUUAAAUCCCCAACAAAGCAUUAAAGGUUAACCAUGGGUGCUAACGAAGCCUUUCUCCUGUUUGUAUAAUAAUAAUAAUAAUAAUAAUAAAACACUGAGCUGUAGUAAUGAUAAUGUAUCAGCAUUGUAUUAUUGAUAUUUAUUUAUAUGAAUUGUUCGUACUGAUUGUGAGUCUUCUGAUAUAUUCUUCUUUUUUUUUGCGAGACAAAUUGUGAAAGUUGUUGUUGUUUAAAGCCUGAGGAUCCUGUGGAUAUGUCAAGAAAAGAGCUCCUAAGGUAGUCAAGUGAAAACGGUUUAGACGUGUUAAUCAGACCAAACAGGAUGACUGCGUGACCGAGACGUGUGUAAAUGGAGCGUGUCUAACGUUUGCUCUGGUUCUGUUUAGAAAAACGUGAACAAGUUCAGUCUUUUGCAUUUGUGUUGUUUUUCCCCCCUUAGCCGAUUUCAGAUUCCCGUAAUGUAAAAAAAAAAAAAAUCAUUUAUGCCUGAGGAGCUGGUGUAUUUUUUAUGAAUUUAUUGUAAUUAAACAUCAGACGUUGAGUGUUAUGGAUUGAUAAUGUUUUAUUACGCACCAAUACAAAUGUCUUUUUGUUUUGUUUUUUCUUUAACUCUAGUCUUUUUCUAUCGAAAGUGUCUAUGCUUGUUAAAUGCCAUGUUUCUUAAAAAUGCUUCAUCGGUUCUAGUGUGAUCUUGUGAGACAUCUGAAUGUGUGAGUGUCUACUAUGUUUAGUCACAUGUCCUUUACGUAAAAAAAAAAUCAUCUGGUGAACUUGCAUCUGCCUGCUUCACUGCCAUGCCGUUUGCGUCAGUUCUACUUUAUCAUUUCUGAAUAAAGUGGCAAAUUGUUACACUA